CGCACGGGGCCAGCGCGCAGACGGUGAACAGCAGCGUGGUGUCCUCGUGCUCAGAGGUGGACUGCAGUAUGCGUGGCGGCUCCUCGCCCAGCAGCAGCCCUGCGCCGAGCGCCCGCUCCCGCAAACCCGGGGCCGUCAUCGAGAGCUUCGUCAACCACGCGCCUGGGGUCUUCUCAGGGACCUUCUCCGGCACUUUGCACCCCAACUGCCAGGACAGCAGCGGGCGGCCGCGGCGGGACAUCGGCACCAUCCUGCAGAUCCUCAACGACCUCCUCAGCGCCACGCGACACUACCAGGGCAUGCCGCAGUCCCUGGCACAGCUCCGCUGCCAGACACAGUUCUCCUCAUCCUCCUCCUCCUCACCGCCCGCAUCCCCGGACCUCACCACCAAAACUACCUCAGAGCCGCUGCCCGCGGCCGCAGCGUCCGCUCCUCUGCACCCCGUCGUCCAGUGCCAAAGCCAGAUCCGGAUGUGCAAGCCCAGUGGGGAUCGCUUGCGGCAGACGGAGAACCGUGCGACGCGCUGCAAAGUGGAGCGGCUGCAGCUGCUGAUGCAGCAGAAAAGGCUGCGCAGGAAGGCCAGGAGGGACGCCCGGGCUCCGUACCAUUGGCUGCCCAACCGCAAAUCCUCCCGCACCAACAGCAACAGCAGCGUCUCCAGCGAGGGCAGCCUGGAUCUGGACUUCGAGGACUCGGUCUGGAAGCCGGAGGUCAAAGCGGACAUCAAGUCCGAAUUCGUCGUAGCAUAGAGCCGGGCUGCGGCCGCGGACUCGUGUCGGUGGGGGAGGCCACCACCCCCUCCUCCCCCCCCGUCUCUUUGUGACACCCCCUACCCCCCACCACCACCCCAUUGAGGAUGGGGGUCGUGUUUCUGUUGUUAUGGGCCAGAUCUCCAGCUCCUGCGGAUGUGGCUGCGCUGGG